GAACGGCAGUCAUUGCCCUGGCGCAUGUCGCUCUGUCCAGCAAGACGGUUUCUAGGCAUGCUUCAUGGCGCGAACCAUCAGCAGGGACUGAUCGGGCAUCGCAUCGCCUGCAAGAAUUACAAUCACUUGACCUUGGACGCUGAAGGCAACCCUCAACCUUUUCCAUUGCGCCCCGCCCAUCAGUCGCUGCCGACACCGAGUUGCGCGCGACAACGAGCCGUCUCCCGAAGAGUUGUGUCCUACAACCUCGACCGGUACCGGUCCGCUCCUGUCCACACAACCCAUCGACUGCGCAGUACGAGGAUUCGAGACCUUCGUAGUCGACGACAAGGAACCGCACGCCCUCGGGCCUCUCCUUUUCCAACCACAGCAACCUCAUGGCGCGUCGGCGACGGCCGCCGCGCCCCGGCGCCCUCUCCGAGCUCCCGCCGCUCAAGAUCCUCAGCCAGAUCGCCGCGCUGCAGGGGCUGUACUAUGCCGUCGCACUGAUCCUGAUGCUCUUUACCGUGCUAAUAGCGGGCACCAAGUUCAGCUUGGACCUUGUCUUUGGCUGGGACGCCGUGCGCGGCGACACGACGCAGGGGUGGCUGAUGGGGUUCGUGUGGGUUCUGGAUGGGGGAUUGGCGAUGGCCGUCGCGAUAGUGAUCCUCGUCGGCCGCUCCAAACUCGUCCUCGACUUCGCGCUGUCCCUACACGCCAUCCAUCUCGUCGUCGUGACGUUGUAUUCGGGACAGCUGCCGCGGCACAAGGGGUGGUGGCUCGCCAUGGCGGUGGCAAGCGCCGUGUCGGUCACCCUGGCUACGUGGGGCUGUCGCUAUCGCCAGCUGCAGCCGAUAUCGUUUGGAGGGGGCGGCGCGGCGUCGACAGCCGGGGGGACGGGCGGAAACAAUGGCGACGGCGGGGAAAGCGGUGCGGAUGGGCACGAGGAGGAGGCAGGCUUUACGCGGGGCAGAGGACGAGGGAGAGGGAGAGGCGGUGCCGGGGAGUACGAGAUGGUCAACCUGCCUGCUGACACGGUGUUCAAGUAG